CGGGCGACCGUGACCCUGCUGGAGUGCGGGGGGGACCUCCAGCCCCCCGGGGGCUCCCUGACUCUGCUCUGCCGUGGAUCUGGAUUCGAUUUUGGGGGUUAUGGAAUGAUCUGGAUCCGCCAAAGACCCGGAAAGGGAUUGGAAUAUGUUGCAGAGAUUGACUAUGAUGGCGACACUUACUACGCGCCGUCGGUGCAGGGCCGGUUCUCGAUCUCCAGGGACAACGGGCAGAGCUCGGUGACGCUGACCAUGAACAACCUCAAGGACGAGGAUUCCGCCGUUUAUUUCUGUGCCAAAAGUGCUGUUGCUGGUUGGGGUGCUGAUGGCGCUGGAUCUCACCAUCCCCUCCUCGCCCUCCUGGCCCUGCUGGCCCUGCCAGGGCUCCGGGCGGUCGUGACCCUGCUGGAGUGCGGGGGGGACCUCCAGCCCCCCGGGGGGUCCCUGACUCUGCUCUGCCGUGCCUCUGGAUUUGAUUUUGGGAAUUACUACAUGCAGUGGGUCCGCCAGAGCCCUGGGAAGGCACUGGAAUGGGUCGCAGGGAUCAGCAGCAGUGGCAGCAGCACCUACUACGCACCGUCGUUCAAGGGUCGGUUCUCGAUCUCCAGGGACAACGGGCAGAGCUCGGUGACGCUGACCAUGAACAGCCUCAAGGUCGAGGAUUCCGCCGUUUAUUUCUGCGCCAAAUAUGCUGGUACUGGUGUUACUUGGGCUGGUGUUAAACACGUUCAUGAUUUUCACCCCAUCUGA